UUGAUAAAAUACGCUCUCCGAGUGACAACAAAAUUUUUGCUCUCAUCAUCUUUUGCUUCUUCUAUACGAUUGUGGUGGUCUCUGGUCUGUUCUCUUUCGUAAUGGAAUUCCACUCCAGUUGAUACGGACAUAAAAGCAAUGGCGUCUUUGCAUAUUGUUCGCUCUGGUUUGCCACCUUUUCUCUCUUUCCGAUCAGAUUUCGAUCGGAAAUCCAACUGCUUCUGUUUGGAUUCCGACUUCACAGCGCCCGAGAAGAAGUUUUUUAACUUGCAGAGUCGUCGGAGCUCAAAAGUUUCCUUCGGUAGAGGGUUUAGGGUGUGCUGUCGACUUCAAGACGGCGAGAAUGAAAGCAACGGUGAAGAACCUCCAGAAUCUUUGUUUAUGAAAGAAUUAAGGAGAAGAGGUAUGACUCCCACUUCACUGCUUGAAGAUAGUAAGAGAACUGUUUAUGGACCUGAUGAUGAGACAAGAUUGGAGGAAGAUAACAGAGGUUUCCCAAAGAGAAAUGCAGUUUCAACAGAUUAUGAGAAAAGCUUAACAAAUCAGAGGGAGCGAUCCAUGGCAUUGAACAGUGAAGGCCUUGAGGGUUUGAUUCCACGAGCUAAACUACUGCUAACAAUUGGAGGAACAUUCUUUUUGGGAUUUGGGCCACUAAUCCUCAUUACAAUUGCAUCCUUUUCUGCUCUCUACUUGUAUUUUGGUUCAAGUUUCGUACAUGAUGCAAGCCAAACACCAAUAACACCGCCACAAUAUAUUGAUCCAUAUUCACUUUUGGAAGACGAAAGGAUAUCAAAGUCAGCUCCAAAUGUAAAUUGAAGGGCAAGCCUCCAUGCUAGUGUUGAGUAAAGAUUUCUGUCGUUUAUUCUGUGAGGCUCACUUGUCCUAUUAUACCUAUAGCCCUGGUUGCAGUUUCUGUUUAUACCUAAGUUAAAGAAGUUAUCAUCCAUCGCUCUGUUUUAUGACUUCCAGAUAAUGCAAAUUGAAAUGGAAAUUCUUCUCUGCUUGUAUUCUGUUAAAUAGUCUUCCUGUUAUUUACACAUCUAAAUGUACAUUAUUCAACCAUAGAUACUAAAAAGCCUUAUUUUC